AUGGCUCACCAAGCUCACAACAUCCCCUGGACCGUCCUCGCGUCGACUCUCAAGCUCAAGACCGCCAACUCAUGCCAGCACCACGCCCAGAACUUCCACGUCCGAAAGGAGCCUGACCGCGGCAAGAAGCUGACUUAUUUUGCCAACGCUUUUGUCAAGAAUGCUCUGGAUCAUGCGCGCUGUGAGAGGGACAAGUAUCCCAAGACGUACGAUCCCCCGGCAGACGAUGAUGUCGUUAUCUCGGAUGAGGUGGCCAAGACCAUCGAACCCACUGUUUACCGCUGGCGACUCUAUCACGAUGCGCCAGAUGAAUUCGACACCGUGCAGGAGCCAAAUAAGCGCAAGCUCUGCCAGCACAUGAAACCUAAUGAGACAUGCCAGUGUCCUCUACCUUUCAAGGAAAGGAAAAUGUCUGCCUUUUUGAACCCGCACACGUACAACUCGUGCUACGAGUUCUACAGGCACAACAGGGAUGGCUUUUUCAACCUCGAGGUUGUCAAGUCCCUGCUCCUCUACGGAGAGAUGGAUACGAUACUCCGAAUCUGCGCCGCUGAAUACAUCGACCUGGAGAAUUGGUGGGAACAAUCCCAGUGCGCUUGCAUGCAGCCCGAUCUUGGAUGGGACAAGAUCUGCCGCUUGGCCAUUGACUCUUACGUCCUGCUCAAUCUCAUCCAAUGCUUCCCGGAGACUUGGGAUAACGCCGGUACUCCGUCAGACGCCUACACGUCCAUCAAGGCGUACCAGUAUGUCGUCCGCCAUUGUACCAAAUCCGGUUGGACGUCAGACAUCGCUACAUAUCCUCACCGACAAUUCUUUGGAAUCGAGAAGGGUCAGUUCAAAUCUUACCCUACGCCCCAUAACAUCGGCCGAUGGGGCCAUCUCCUGGAAGGAAAGUACCAGGAUAUGACUUACUACCCAUAUGGGUUGAUGCCAUACCAAGAAUUUCUGGAGUUUGAGAAGCCCAUGGGCUAUCAACCACACGCUACUGAUGUGACACAUGUCCAAUGGAUCCUGUGUCAGAGGGGCCUCCCACCAGAGUUGGCCGAUGCUAUUCUUGACGAGGCAGACUACACCCCAAAGCGUCGACUACGUGUUGCAGACCAACCACUCCAUCCUGAGAAUCGAGCCGACUUCGAGAGCUAUCUCAAAUAUUGUUGGCAACUCAUCGUUAGAUGUACCAUGAUGGGGCAGGCUCUUGGCAUGGAUAUGGAGCUGCUCCUGGGAAACAUGAUCAGGCUGAGUAUCGGCGAUCUCUUCAUCUGCAAAUGCGCCAAGAUACACCAUUGGACGUUUGACGACAAGGAUCGAGACUUGUUGGUCUUUAAAUGA